GACGUUCGGAUAGACGUUCGAUCGGUCGGUCGGUCGGUCGGUCGAAUGUUUGAUUUUGGCACGGAGUAAGCGCCAUAGUGGCGAAGCUCUGAGCAAACCCAACCAUGCGCGAGGAAGAGCGCCUCGCCUCAUCGGGAUGGAGCUCGCGCGGCACGAGCACGAGCACGAACCCGACACCAUAAACCGUUUAUUUGACGGGAAGAGGCGGAAUAUUGGAGCGUGAUGAGACGUUUCGUUGCGUUUGUCGAAGCUGACGCGUUGCGCGUGAAAGUUAUCAGCUGAAAGGGCAGGAACACGUGGAGCGAGACUGGAUUUAAAGGGCCAGCAGCACGCAAGCACGAGCAUGGACCGGUGCGCUACGGGUCUGGACGCGGAGCGGGAUAAGCAGUACUGCGAGCUGUGUGGCAAGAUGGAAAACCUUCUGAAGUGCGGUCGGUGCAGGAUCUCCUUCUACUGCAGCAAGGAACAUCAAAAGCAACAUUGGAAAAAACACAAACUCACAUGUAGAGAGUCUGACAAGAACACGAUUGUACCUCAAACCCCACAACAGCCUGAGAAACCGGUCUUGGAUCCAGAUGGGAAAGAUCUGAUCACUAGAUCGCAAAGUUCAGAGACUAAACCACUCAAAUCCCAACCACAAAAACUGGCCACUGAUUAUAUAGUUCCAUGCAUGAACAAACAUGGUAUUUGUGUAGUGGACAACUUUCUGGGUGAAGACAUUGGACUGUCCAUCCUAGAGGACGUGAAAGCUCUUCAUCAGACUGGCAAAUUCACUGAUGGACAGCUGGUGAGUCAGAAAAGUGACUCUUCUAAGGACAUAAGGGGGGAUCAAAUCACCUGGAUUGAGGGCAAGGAAUGUGGAUGUGAGAAGAUCCGGUUUUUGAUGAGUCGUAUGGAUGACCUGGUCAGGCACUGCAAUGGAAAACUGGGAAACUACACCAUAAAUGGAAGGACGAAAGCGAUGGUGGCGUGUUAUCCGGGGAAAGGCACUGGUUAUGUGCGUCACGUUGAUAACCCGAACGGCGAUGGGAGAUGCAUCACGUGCAUAUAUUACCUGAAUAAGAAUUGGGAUGCCAAGAAACAUGGGGGCAUACUGCGAAUAUUUCCAGAGGGUAAAGCUCAGUUUGCCGACAUCGAACCCAAGUUUGACCGCUUGCUUUUGUUCUGGUCUGACAGACGAAACCCUCAUGAGGUUCAACCUGCGAAUGCUACAAGAUAUGCCAUAACCGUGUGGUAUUUUGAUGCAGACGAGCGGACGAGAGCUAAAGAAAAGUACCUAACAGGUGCCGGAGAAAAAGGAGUAAAGGUGGAGCUGAACAAGCCGUCUGAACCGAGCUAAUCAAAUAUCCCGUAAUCCGUUUCCCCGUGAUGUGGUCUGUGGAAAAAGGAGGAGAGAGAGAGAGAGAGAGAGAGUUGGGAACAGCUGCCGGUGUCCACGAUGCAGCAAGAGAAGAUGCGGAAAAUUCAUUGAUCUUCAACCACAUAGUUCCCACAAAACCAACAAACAUUGAAUAUGGCGUGCUUAUUGUUUUGUGUGCUUCUCAUGUGACUUGUCACAGUGCUUCAAAGGAUUUAAUUUUGAGGUUAAGAGCAGAAAGAAAUCAGUUUUGUUACCGGAAUGCGUUUUCUGCAUUUAGACCUGAUCUUUGAGGAUCAGGCUGCAUCUACGCUUGUUUAUUUUUCUGUCACUGCACAAGAGCAGUGCAAGUGUAACCGGCCAUGCUUGACCCGCUCCGAGCGGGAUUCGAACCGGGGUAUCUUGCAUGGGAGGUGGGCGUGCUAACAAGGAGGUUAAAGGCUACAUCCCUUAGCAUCAUUCGCUAGUGCGCCUCUUGAGGCUAGGGGAGUGAGGUUUACAAACUGCACAGCUACCUACCAGCUAUCUACCGUUACACAAGCCCAGUACUAAAAGCCACAGUCUGUCAUAAUGUACAGUACAUACACGUUAUUGUGUACGUUUAUCAAAAUAAAAA